GGGUCCACGCAGAGCAGAUGCCCUCCUCCUCCUCCUCCCCCUCUUCGUGGGGUCCUCCGCUCGCGAGAUAUUUUUACCCGCGUCGCCUCCGCCUCCUCGCCCUUGCGCGCGCACGACCAGGGGAAGCCAUGAACUGCCUCCAGAACCUGCUCAAGGAGCCCCCGCUCGUGGGAUCGAGGUCCAUGAGGCGGCCCUCGCCGCUCAAUCUGGCGAUGGUUCGUGGCGGGAGUCGCCGAUCAAACACCGUCAAAACUGUUAUCGGUUGGCCGUUGCAGGCACCUGGGGCGUCCACUUCUGGUGCGGAGAGCAGUGCAGUGGAGGCGGGCACGGAAAAAUCUGAAGUGUAUAGCACUAACAUGACACAGUCUAUGGGAGCAGUAUUGACGUACAGACAUGAGCUCGGGAUGAACUACAAUUUCAUACGCCCAGACUUGAUCGUAGGUUCCUGCUUACAGAGCCCACUUGAUGUUGAUAAGCUUCGGGAGAUUGGUGUAAAAACUGUAUUCUGCUUGCAACAAGAUUCGGACCUUGAAUAUUUUGCAGUUGAUAUCCGUGCCAUUCAAGAUUAUAGCCUACAGUUUAAAGAUAUUGAGCACUGCCGUGCUGAAAUUAGGGAUUUUGAUGCUUUUGAUUUGCGAUUGAGGCUUCCUGCUGUGGUUAGCAAAUUGCACAAGCUUAUCAACCAUAAUGGUGGUGUAACAUAUAUACAUUGUACUGCUGGACUUGGAAGAGCUCCUGCUGUCGCAUUGGCUUAUAUGUUCUGGAUUCUUGGGUACAGUCUUAAUGAUGGGCAUCAGCUACUGCAGAGUAAAAGGGCUUGCUUUCCAAAGUUGGAAGCCAUUAAGUUGGCAACUGCUGACAUUCUGACGGGCUUAUCAAGAAAUCGCAUCACUUUGAAGUGGGAAAAUGGUAGUUGUUCUUCUGUUGAAAUUUCUGGGCUUGACAUUGGCUGGGGACAGAGAAUUCCUUUGACAUAUGAUGAGGAGAAAGGAGCUUGGUAUCUUGAGAAGGAGUUGCCUGAAGGACGGUAUGAAUACAAAUAUAUAGUGGACGGCAAGUGGCUGUGCAAUGAGAACGAGAAUAUAACCAAACCGAAUGCCGAUGGCCAUGUGAAUAACUACGUCCAGGUCUCCAGGGAUGGGACUAGUGAUGAAGAGAAAGAAUUAAGGGAGCGUUUGACUGGUCCGAACCCCGAUCUCACGGAAGAGGAAAGACUGAUGAUCAGAGAGUACUUGGAGCAAUACGUAGAGCGUUAAGAGUGUGACAUAAACCGCAGAGAACCUAAUAGCCGGGAACGCGCGGCUGGGACUGAGUCGCUUUGGCGUCGGCCGCGGGAACACCACACCUGUCCCGGUUUGAUGAACAGACACGAAGGACCUUCCCCGAAGUUUCGCAUUGCUCUGCAUUGGCUCCCCUGUCAAUAGUAGCUUAACCGAUGAUUAAUUACGGGCCUCCUAUCCCAUCCCAUCACAUGUUGUAGCCGUAUAACAAGUUAAUAAGGGUUGUAAACUCAUUCUAAAGCUUGUACUUGAUGUUCCUAAAUAAAAGUAAUCAUCCUAUUUCCUUGUCA